AUACAUUGAAAGUCAAAGCCACCCCUAGCAGACCAACUAGGGCACGUUACAUAGAGAUAAUCCAUGCCUCAUCCUUUGAUCCUGAAUCCAUGAUGCAUAUUGCAGAUGUUAUAUACCUCUUUGUCCAUAUGUUCAUGGUGUAACCCCACUCCCCUUUCUCCAUGAUUGAUUAGUGAAUUCUGGUCCCAUUUACAUUAAGUUUUGUCUUUUGGGUCUCAAUAUCUUUAGUCAAACUCUUUCUUGAUUUGUUUGUAUAUAUAUAACCAUGGAGAAAGACGAUAACAACUACUCGGGAGGUUUUCUAGGGGUUGAGUUUAAUGGUCAUGAUCAUCUUCAUCAGAAUGGGAAUCAAAUGGUUGAUUACUUGCUCAACAAUCCAUUACAACACCUACCUAAUUCGGGGGGUUUUGGUAGCUCGAAUUCGUUAGACAAGUUGAGCUUUGCAGAUGUGAUGCAGUUUGCAGAUCUUGGACAAAAGUUGUCUUUGAAUCAAAGCAAAACAUGUCAUGGACAAGAUGAAGAUGAACAGACUGGGAUAGAUCCGGUGUACUUCUUGAAGUUCCCGGUUUUGAACGAAGAUCAUCAGUCUUUAUUGACUCCUCUUGGAGACGCCGAAAACAAGGAAGCAACUAGGGUUUAUGAAGGAGCGCCUGUUGGAAUUGAUCAAUAUGUUGGUGAAGAUGUUCUUAAAACCCUAGUUGUUGAAGGGAAGAACAAGAGAAAGAGAACAAGAACUAUAAAGACUAGUGAAGAAGUUGAGAGCCAAAGAAUGACUCAUAUCGCGGUUGAAAGAAACCGAAGGAAGCAAAUGAACCAACAUUUACGUGUGCUACGGUCUCUCAUGCCAGGAUCUUAUGUUCAAAGGGGUGAUCAAGCAUCAAUUAUCGGUGGGGCGAUCGAGUUUGUGAGAGAGUUAGAGCAACUCUUGCAAUGUCUAGAGUCACAAAAAAGACGAAGACUCUACGGUGACACUCCAAGAGUGGUAGGAGAUUCUUCUUCAGCUCUUCUACCAGUGAUGCAGCAAAGUCCGCCAGUGGCAAUGUUUUACACGCCACCAGAUGAUCAGAUGAAGGAGGAUACGGCGGAAUGCAAGUCGGAUGUGGCUGAUGUUGAAGUGAGAUUACUAGGGUUUGAUGCAAUGAUCAAGAUUUUGUGUAGUAGAAGACCUGGUCAGCUUAUUAAAACCAUUGCUGCCCUUGAAGAUUUACAAUUUGAUAUCCUUCAUACCAACGUUACAACCAUUGAACAAACUGUGCUCUAUUCAUUCAAUGUUAAGGUUGCUAGUGAAGCCAGGUCUUCUGCUGAAGAGAUAGCGAAUUCGGUACAACAAAUUAUUGGUUUUGUGCACGCAAUUACAACUACUUGAUCGAUAUCGAUGGUGAAAGUUUCUACUAUCAUAUACCACUCUCUGGAAUAUAAUAUAUCGUUUGGUAUUUCAGAUUAAUUAUAUUAUUAUUAACCUAUUUUAACGAGGUUAUAUUAACCCGUAUGUAGUAGUAUAAUAGUAGUGAUACAUACAUGCUCUUUUAACUUUUAA